CCCCAAUUCUGUUACGUCACCAGAGGUAAACAUGGCCGUUGUAGGACCACUGUCAAGAAUUGCCAGAAUAGGCUCCACUUUCUGUCGAAACAACUCUGUAGUAUCCUCUAGAAGCUCACAGAGGCGGGGAAUCGUUUCAUGCAUCGACCCCUCUCAUGGACUCACAGAUGAACAGAAAGAGUUUCAGAAAGUGGCCUUUGACUUUGCAGCCAAUGAAAUGGCUCCACACAUGGCGGACUGGGACCAAAAGGAAAUCUUCCCCGUGGAGACGAUGCGGAAAGCGGCCCAGUUGGGAUUCGGUGGGAUCUACGUUCAGCCGGACGUCGGGGGAUCGGGCCUUUCUCGACUGGACACGUCCAUCAUCUUCGAGGCGUUGUCCACCGGAUGUGUGAGCACCACAGCUUACAUCAGCAUCCACAACAUGUGCGCCUGGAUGAUUGACACCUUCGGCAACAAUGAGCAGAGGGAGAAGUUCUGUCCCGACCUCUGUUCCAUGGAAAAGUUUGCAUCCUACUGUCUCACGGAACCAGGCAGUGGGAGUGAUGCCGCCUCCCUCCUCACAUCGGCACAGAAGAAGGGCGACCACUACAUCCUAAAUGGCUCAAAGGCCUUCAUCAGCGGAGGAGGAGACACAGACGUGUAUGUUGUUAUGUGCAGAACAGGAGUGAAAGGACCUAAAGGCAUCUCCUGCUUGGUGGUGGAGAAGGGAACGCCAGGCCUCAGCUUCGGCAAAAAGGAGAAGAAGGUGGGCUGGAACUCUCAGCCCACCAGGGCGGUGAUCUUUGAGGACUGUGAAGUUCCAGUGACCAACCGGCUCGGCGAGGAAGGACAGGGCUUCAACAUUGCCAUGAAAGGUCUGAAUGGAGGUCGAAUUAACAUUGCUUCCUGUUCUCUUGGGGCGGCGCAUGCCAGCUUGUUGUUGGCGAGGGAUCACCUGCUGGUGCGGAAGCAGUUUGGAGAGGCGCUCGCCAACAACCAGUAUCUUCAGUUUAAACUGGCAGAAAUGGCCACUAAGUUGGUGGCGUCUCGUCUUCUGGUGCGGGAAGCUGCAAAGGCUCUACAGACGAACCAUCCCGACGCCGUUUCCCUCUGCUCCAUGGCCAAGCUCUUUGUGACAGACGAGUGUUUUAAUAUCUGCAACCAGGCCCUUCAGAUGCACGGCGGCUACGGUUACCUGAAGGACUACGCCGUGCAGCAGUUUGUGCGUGACAUCAGAGUCCACCAGAUCCUAGAGGGAACCAACGAGGUGAUGAGGAUGAUCAUCUCCAGAAAUCUGCUGAUGGAAUCCUGAUGAAUCUCUUCUCCUGGAUCACCAGAACCUUUCCUUCAGCAUCAUAGUUUUUCUUCAAAUGUGGUCACUUUGUGUUUAUUGGUUGACGUGAUUUCUGGGAUUCAACAUGGUUGAAGUAAGCAAAGGACUGUUGGACUUUUCGAGGAGAAACAGGACUUUAGACAAACAGAACCAUAAUCACAUAUAUAGAUUCUACUUCUAAAAAUGGCAUUUUGUUCUCUACAAACCAUGCAGCCGAAUCCUGAUCAGACUGUUCGAAUGAGCGCUGAUGCUUCAGCUGUUGGACGUUUACCUCUCAGGCUCUUCUGCUGAAAGCAUCUUUGCCGCUGCAGCAUCAACACUUUACCCAUGCGAACACAAGCAUCGACUGUGUAUGAGAACUGGGCCGAGUGAGUGUGAUGUCACCCGUAGAAAAUGGCUUACUGCCGGUUCCAACCAAGUGAACUCAAUUCUGUCGCCAUUUGUUUGCGAUGCGGACAUCGACAUGUUAGAACCAGACAUCAGUAAGCAGGGAUUCAAGUCGGUCUGAGUCGACGUUUCUAUGGCAACCACUCUCACAUGUCAGGAGUGAGCUUGUUUGGAGUCCACCCCCCCUACCACUUGACUGCCAGAUGUUCGAUAUGAGAACACAUAAUUUUAUUGAUGCCUCUGAUUGGCCAGUUUAUAUCUUAAAUACCUAUAGAAAAAAAAUAGAACUAUCGACGUCAGAGCAAGAAUGUUUCUUCUGACCAAUAGAAUGACUGAGUAACAGCUGCUUAUUUCUCUACAGAACUCUAUGGGAUUAUGGCUUCUUAGAACCAGCAGGUACUUCCUGUUUGGGGGAGGAGUCACUUAGUCCAGUUCUCAUAUGCAGUUAAUGCAAACAAUCAAGCACUCUAGAAUGUUCCAUUAGUUUGUUUUAACCCCAUUUAUACCAUGCCUACUGCCUUGUGAAAGUACUUUCUUUUAGUCUGAUUUGAGAUCCUUUACUCAGCAGUAAAAUAGAAAUACAUUCAUUUCUGUGGUUUGUGCCUUUUGUUUUGUUUCUACAACUCUUCCAAAUAAACCAGUUCCCCCC